AUGGUAGAGCCAGAAUCAUACAGCACCUAUAAGUCUGAGAGAAUCACAUACAACUUCAGCACCAUGAAAUUAAAGGGCAGCCAGUGCGAGGCUGCUGCCAUUGCGAGGUCUAAGGAUAGGCAGAUGUACACACAGCCCUGUGAAGAGACUGCUUCUUGUUUCAAACCUGCAUCCUACAUUGAGACUUAG